GGUAUUGAACCUGUACUUAGUGAAUUGGAAGUGUCAGAGAAUCAGAAGAAACUGAUGAACUCUAAUGACCUUAGUGAGGGAAGCACAGAGGAACUGUUUGGUGUUGAAAAAGCAACUAAUCCUAUAACUGGUCUUCAUGAAAAAGAUCACAAUUUAAAUGUGAUAACUCGGCGCAAUAUGCAAUUAUACAAUCGUUUCAGAGAUCGAAUGUAUAGUGUUGAAAAUGAUUGCAGCAAAUCUUCAAGACAUGAAACUGAAAUGAAAAGAAUAGAGGAAAGUAGAAGAAAUCUACCCAUUGCAGAAUUUAGGGAACAAAUAUUGCAUAUGGUGGAAGAGAAUCCUGUGAUUGUGGUGAAGGGGGAGCCAGGCUGUGGGAAAAGUACGCAGGUACCACAAUACAUAAUGGAACACUGGGAGGCAUCACAGCAAGGUGCACAUUGUAACAUAAUUGUCACUCAACCACGUCGCUUAAGUGCCAUAUCAUUAGCGGAGUGGGUAGCACAUGAAAGACAGGAGAGGGUGGGAGAUGUUGUUGGCUACCAAGUUCGAUUAAAGGCUGCGCUACCACGACCUCCUGGUGGUGCUUUACUCUACUGCUCAACAGGCAUCCUCCUUCGUCGGCUCCAGAGCAACCCGGGACUCACUGGUGCAAGUCAUGUCAUAUUGGAUGAAGCCCAUGAACGUGAUGUGAACACAGAUGUUCUUCUCGUUCUUCUGCGGAGAGCUUUAGCUCUGAACCCAAAAUUGCGUGUGAUUGUGAUGAGUGCCACCAUUAAUGCUGAGCUGUUCCAAAAGUAUUUUGAUAAUGCACCCAUGCUGCAUAUUCCAGGAUUUACAUAUCCUGUGCAGUCUUUCUACUUGGAAGAUGUUAAUAUUCCAGGAGUGAACUUGAAAUGUAAUGUGUCACAUCUUCCUGCUAUUGACUGUCUUCAGGUAGCCAAUAUAAUUCAGUGGGUGGAUAAAAACCGGCCUGAUGGAGCAAUAUUAUGUUUCCUGCCUGGUUGGGCAGAAAUAGUAACUGUAAUAAAACAUCUGGGCAAACAUGAUUCACAUCUUAUUUUGCCAGUACAUUCUCGGCUCAGUAAUGAAGAACAGCAGCGGAUCUUUAGCACUCCUGCACGAGGAAUACGCAAAAUAAUUCUUGCUACGAAUAUUGCUGAAACUAGUAUUACCAUCAAUGAUGUGAUAUAUGUGAUAGACACAGGAGCACACAAAGAGGAAAGGCUGAAUGUCCAGCUUGGUGUAGGAGUGCUGGACAGCCAUUGGGUGUCACAAGCAAAUGUGAAUCAACGACGGGGACGAGCUGGGAGGGUCAAACCAGGCGAGUGCUAUCACAUGUACACACGGGAUACGUACAACUCUUUAAUGAAGUUUCCAGUUCCAGAGGUGCUUCGUGUUCCACUAGAAAAGACUGUUCUUGAUUGUAAGACAUACAGUCAAGACGAGAAAGCAGAAGGAUUCCUAUCUCAGAUGCCUGAACCCCCUCCGCCUGAGUCUGUUGCUCAAGCAGUUCAUGAGUUGAUUCAUUUGGGUGCCUUGGAUGAGGAUGAAAAGUUGACCCCUUUGGGUAGACGUAUUGCGAUGUUUACGACACAUCCUAAACUGUCCAAAGCUCUGGUGCAUGCAGCAGUAUUCAGGUGUGUAAGUCCAAUAGUAACUAUUGCUACAGUAUUGACCAACGAUUCAGAAAUGUUUCAAGGUGGCCUAAACAUGAAGGAUGCAAUACGAACAGUCAAGAAGAUAUACCAUCCAUCCAGUGACCAUUUAGCUCUAGCAUGGCUAUAUCGCGAAUGGGAGUCAUUACUUGAAGAGGGUGCAACAGAAGCACUCAGUUUCAGCCGCAGCAAAGGCCUGAACAAUGUCAACAUGAAACUCAUCUCAAAGUUACGUAAAAUAUUCUCAGAACACUUGUGGCAGUCCCAGAUGCUUGAUGAUCCAGAAAAGUACAAGGAUCUAGAUUCUGCUUGCAACAGACAUGCAGACAAUGAUGAACUGGUGAAAGCAGUUCUUUUAUCUGGGACAAGCACAUUACUGUGCAGGCGGAGCUGGGAUGUAAAGAAUGGACGUCUCAACAAGAAUGCAAACGUGUUAUUAACAGAGUCAGGUCAGCGUACAACCAUCACUCCGGAGAGUGUGAACUACAGACGAACAAAUUAUCCAAGUCCAUUUGUCACAUACUUCCGUCAGGUGAAAUCAAUGGAGCGGCGUACAAUGUUGGUGCGGGAAACCAGUCUCAUGUCUCCUUUAUCAGUUCUGCUCUUCAGUAUGGGACAACUCACUGUGCAUAAGUAUGUUCCCCCUCCAUCAACUAAAGAUAAGUGGGAUAACCACAUGCUGCUGAAGGUUAAUCGGAAGAGGAAUGUCGUGAUGCUGUGUGACAAAAGCCAGGUUCAGCGACUUGCCGAGCUACGUGCAAUUCUGUGGAACUUAGUAAAUUAUUUUGUCAUGAAAGAAGGUAUAGAUGAAAAUCAUGAUCGCUAUCAAACCAUCCUUAAUUUUCAUGAUAGAUUUUUAGAAACUCUCUCCACAGUAGUGUACAAAGCAGGUGCUGCAAUUGAGUGUGACGGUGAGGGAAGUCAGCAAGAAUAAAUUUACCAGCAGUGUUCACGACACAUUUGCAGAGAACUGGGAAUUGAUGAGUUGUAGGAAUGUUUGAUGACAAAGAGGGAUUACUUCUGUGACUGCAGUCACUGCAGAAAAGAAGGUCCACCCAUUUUCAAGAAUGCAGAAUUUCAUGAAUCAGAAAUGCCUGCAACUAUAUUAUUGGUCAUUUGAAUUAUGUUUUGGAAUAUACACAGAUACAUACCUGGGGUAAUAGUGAAACACUGUAGUGCAUAUGAAUGAUUGUGCUAUCAUAAAUAUGUUUAUUGAAAGAUGUGAUAAAAUACAUUAUAUAAAGCAAAUAAAAGAAGUUAAGUUAAAAAUGCUGCUGUUAAUUUUUAAAAAAGAGAUACAGUGAUUAUAACUGUUGUAUUGUUAUUUUAUUUGUAGUUUAUUUAAUGAUGCUGGCAGUAACUUAGACUGUGUAGCAUCGAAUGACUGGAUGAUAAUGAAUAAUGAGUUGUCGGAAAGGAUGUGGAUGAAUGCAGUCAUAGUCAGAUUUUAAGGAACUCUCGUGAUACUUACCUGAAGGGACUGAGGACUGUUUUUCUUUUUUUAGUGUAGCCAACAGGAACAAAUUUUAUUCCUCAAUUUCAUAGUGUUUCCAUUUCUUUUGACCAAGCCCCUGAAUACAGAUACACUGAUUCAUUGCAAAUAAUCCAGUUUUUACUAGAAUUAUUAAAAUUUGAUAAAUAUAUAAUUCAGGCCAGGAGGUGCUUAAAUUUGGUAAUUUCAACAAGAAAUUAAAAAAAAAAUAUUUUGUGACUCUAAGAGAAAUGAAGAAUGCUGUUGUGGAAUGGUAAUACAGUAGGACCUUUACUCAUCAGAAAAUUGUUAAAUUUUUCAAAAAGAUGACACAGUUAAAGAGGGACCAUAUACGUGUGAUUAACAGUUAAUAAUGUUAUGACAUAUGACAUAUUAAAUAAAGUUUUAAAAAAUCAUAUUCUUUCGUGUUCUGUUUCAUUUGAAUUCUCUGUAUUCAAUUUUGUAUGAAUAUAAACAUUUUCAUAAAACACUCUCUCUUCAUCAUACAGUACUUGUGUCUUAAUAUCAUCUAAGUUAACAUAUGCUGCUGGAUUAUGAAUAAAUUUGCUUCUGUUCAUGACCGAA